UUUUCCACAAACAAACUCGACAUCAGUUGAGGGUUAAAUCUUUGGCAAAGCAAUGUCCUCCACAAGAACCUUGUCUUUCCAUGCAAGGCUGUCAAAAGGGAGACUUAUGCUCAUGUGGUUGUCAUGGCAACUAGCGAUAGCUGGUGCCUUGCACGUGGGAUAUAUGGUUAGAUUCAAGAAAAUAGGGACGGACAGCCACCACGUGUCGGAUACGUUACUUGAGCUAGAGGGACACGGCAAACCUCAGUGCGCCAUGGCGUGUAUCAACACUGAGACGUGCGUCUCUUUUAGCGUCACAGUGUCCCCUGACGUCCCUGGUUCUUCCUGUCGUCUGUCGCGGUCGUCUGCUGGUGUGACAGAUUUGCAGCCAGGGAGCGGAUGGUCUUAUUUCGUUAUGGUUCCAAGUGCCAACUAUAACGUCUCUGGAACAG